ACAAAGUUGGUGCGCAACUGGCAUCAGCUCUGUUGAGGAAAUGGUAGAUGACGAAGACGAUUUUUCAGUAGAAACUGAUGAGUUUGACGAAGAUGAUUAUUCUAAAGCGGACAAUGCGGCAGCAGUUUUGGCAAGUGGAGUUGCCAGUAGCAUGAGUAUUAUACAUCUUCAAAGAUGUGCUGUCCACACUUUACACCUAGCCGUAAAUGAUGCAUUGAAAAAGCCCACAAUAAAAAAUCUAAUUAGCCAUGCCAGAGAUGCUGUCAAAAUUGCAAGAAAAUCAACGUGGAUUGACUUCUUCAGGAACAAGACUCCACAUCUCAUUCCAAUUUUAGAUCAGGCUACCCGUUGGUCUAGCCAGUUCAAUAUGAUUGAGAGGCUAAUUAAGAUUGGACCAGUAAUUUAAAAUCUAAAUAUGUAUAAAGAAGCUCCUAAAGAAUUCAAUGUGCGACCAUGUUUUUGGGAUAUGUGGGAGGAAUUGAAAGAUGUAUUGCAUAUGGCGCGCAAUCUUACUAUUUGUCUUCAACUUGAAAAUAUCACCACAGGCAAAUUCUUUUUUGACUGGAAUUCAAUAAAGUGUGAACUUGGCGGGAAGAACAGUGGUUUCCAAAAAGGAAUAGAUAAUAGAGAAAGCACACUGCGCAAAAAUUCGUUGUUUCUUGCAGGAGUUUACGUUGAUAUUAGGCAUGGCUGUAUGCUAACAGCAACUGAAGACAAGGUUGUUUUUUUAAUAAAAUUUUAU